AAGCAGCUCGAGCAGCAGAUGGUGGGGGGCGAGAAGAGCCAAGACAAGGAGCUCAAGGUGAAGCGGAAGCAGAGGAAGAAAUACCACGAGAAGAGACUCAAGAUCCUCAGCGACGCCCUCAAGUCGGUCGACGACGAGGACGGGAUAAUGAUCAAGGUCUACGACGAUAUUCACGAGGAGCUGAAGGCCAAGACGGAGCUCGCCAAGACGCAGAAGCUGAAGAUCAAGUCGAUGGAACAGGAGAUCCAGGACCUGACCUCGGAAUUCCAGGAGGAGAGGACGGACUACCUGGAGACCAUCCGGCGUCAGGAGCAGCAGAUUAAGCUCCUGCAGGGGAUCAUCGACAAGGUGCAACCCACGAUCCGACGAGACUGCAACUACAGCAACGUGGAACAGAUUAAGAAGGAGGCUGUGUGGGAGGACGAGUACCAGAGAUGGAAGCUGCCUGACCUUGUUAUCAUCAAGACUAAACUCCCUCCGCCAGGACCCACCGGCACGCUGACUCAGUCUGACACUGUCAACAACCAGUACAACAACAACACCGACCUGAGCAACAGCUACAACAACAACAGCAGCAGCGGCAGCAAGUCGGUGCGCAUCCAGCCGGGGGGGCGCUUCCCCUCGCAGACGGCGCCCGCCAGGCUCGGCAUGUGGGACGACGACCACGACGAAGACAAGUUCCUCAAGAAGCUGCAAAAGGGUGAGGAGGAAGACAUAGCCGGCACCUACUUCAAGCCGAAGCGAGCCAAUGAGCUGCUCGUAAGGUUUCAGGACGAUGCCAGUACCUUAGCCAAGCCCCUGAGCAAGAAGAACAGCACGAGCAACAACGCGCUCAACAUGAGUAUGAGUCAGAGCAUGUGGGGCAACACCCUCAACCUCAACUCCUCCUUCAACAACUCCAACAACUCCUAUAACUCCUCGUGGGGCUCCAACUCCUCCUCCUCGAGUGUGGGGGGGACGGGGGUCGGGGGAGUUAUGAGUAACGGAUGGUUAGGAGGCGGCUUCUCGUCGAUCUCCCCCGAAAUGUCGCUGCGGCGGCCGACGAGGCUGGAGGCGCUUCCGACGAUGGACUCGCGGAGGGCGCGGAAGAAAAGCAAAGACGUUCUGCACACGCUCGAUCUCAUAUAGCGUGUGGCUCCCCGAACCGGCCGUCUGUGAUAAACCUCCUGCCGUCUCGCGCUCCCCCCCCCCCUCCCCUCCCCUCCCCGUCCUCU